AUUUCGAGAUCACAUUGCUGUGAUAUCACUGCAAAUGUAUUCAGGCUCUCAGUCUGCCUCUGGCCUGUUUACAAAUACUAACCUGGCAGCUCUGGCGCCUCCUCUCACAAGUUGACAAAGCAACAAGGGAGCCUUUUUUUUCCUGUUCUGUGUCCAUGUUACUGUCAGCCUUGUGAUGCGAAAUUCGGUUCCAAUCAAAUCCCAUUCAGGCUAUAAAUACAAAUACGAACAGCAGAUAUGAAUAUUGUGUGGCUUGGUCAGUGGUAGAUAAUAAGCUCUUUUGGUUUUUUUGUUUUUGUUUUGGGGGGUACACCUGGAGGAGAGAAAGCUGAAUUUGUGGCUUAGGUUUGAGAGGAACAAUUCAAGCAAUGUAUUCCAGAAGGAGCAGUGCAUGUGCUUCAUAUUCUUCAACUCUGGCCUCUUUGAGUGGCACUAAGAAUGACAAUGGACAGAGCACAAGCAUGCAGAGCUCUGGUUGUCUGCAGGCUGCUUUGAGAGAGAGCACUGUGGUCAGGGAGCCAGUCAGAAGGGCAGUGAGAAAGCCAGUGCUACUAUUUGAAUGUCCACCCAUUCUGAGAUCUCUUCUUACCCAACACUGGAAGGAUCUGCAAGAUGGAUAUUCCGACGCUGAAGAGCUGAACAAAGUUAUCGAGUUUCAGAGUGAUGAACUACAGUGGACAUCCAAAAAGUAUGGACUGUGGUCACUGGAGUACAAGAGGGAGCUGACAAGCCCCCUGUGCAUUUCUGCAGCACAGGGCUACACAGACUGCCUGCGGUACCUGCUGCAACAUGGGGCUCGGCCGAACCUGGCGCCCGGGGGCAAGACAGCGCUGCACGAGGCCUGCGAGAACAGCAACACCGCCUGCGUGGAGCUGCUGCUGGAGCACGGAGCCAGUCCCGUGCAGCUAAAUGAGGAGGGGCUGACUCCGCUCCACCUGUGCAAGACCCCACAGUCCUUCAGGUGUGCUAAGCUCCUUGUGAGGUAUGGAGCACUGGUCACCCAGCCCAGCGAGGAGGAGUGUGAGACACCCCUCCAUGUGGUGGCCAAGAGAGGGCUGCAGAACCACGCCCACCUCUACCUGCGCUAUGGGGCUGAGGUGAACAGCACCAACAGCUCAGGGGAGACACCCCUGGGGGCUGCCUGUGCCCGGGCUCAGAGUCUGGAAGAGCAGGACAACUACCUGCAGCUGUGCCGCCUGCUUCUGAUCUACGGAGCGGACGCCAACGUGGUAGACAACGAGAAACGCAGCCCCCUUCACAAGGCCAGCCGGAACGCCCAGCACGGCCUGGUGGAGCUGCUGCUGGAGCACAAGGCGGAUGUCAACGCUAUCGACUACAACGGGAGCUCGCCGCUCUCCAACGUGCUCCAGAAUGCUGUGAUCAAGCAGGACCUGCAACCCCACCUGACUGUGCAGACUCUGCUCAACCACGGCUCCCUCAAAGUGUGGCCCCUGGCCUUCCUGAAGGUACUGACAUCCUGUGCUGGUGCCCCUAAAACUGUUGAAAUCUUGUUCAACUCCUACAGCCAGAUCCCUGUGACUUACAAGUGGAUAGAGGCAGUGCAGGAGGAUGUCUACAGGACACACCAGACAUUCUACGAGUCGCUGUUUUCACUGGAGAAUAAACCCCGCUCUCUCCAGCAUCUGUGUCGGUUUUCCAUUAGGAAACACUACGGCAAAGACUGCCACUUAUUCAUUCCAUUAUUGCGUGUCCCGAAAUUCCUCCAGUGUUACCUUCUGUUGGAUUCAGAAGGUAUAAUUUAUUAAGGAAUUCUACUAACAUCAAAAUUGAAAUCAUCUAUGUGCAUGGUUUUGCUACCAGGAGUUCCAAACAACUCCAGACAUAACCUUGAAUAAUCAGUGGUAACAGUUCAUAGAAAUCUGCACUGUUUUCUGCAACAACUAGUCUGGGAACAGUCGUCUUGAGAUUUUUCUCCUCAAGGGAUUUUUCUUUCAGACUUGCGUAACAGAAAAAAAGAUUGGGAAAUACAUAUUUUUAAAACAUUUUGUUCAAGCACUCUGUAAAUUUUGUUUUUAAAGAUUUUCACAUGGCUGAACUCACCACAUUCACAAGGUUAAUCAACUAUUAUGCUCCUAUCUGUUGUUUCAGAAUUAUCCACAAAUUGUGUUAGCAUUGUUUUUCAGUAUUA